CAACCAGACCGGGGUGCAACAUAUUACUAGUUUGUGAAUUAACAAUAUGUGUAUGUAGCUUAGGUGAUGGUGAGGCAGGGUUAGGAAGUGUGACUUCAUCAAGCACAGCACUAACCGCAACGUGCCUGUCCUCUUCCUGUUACCAGGAUCUUACUUUGUCACCAGUUUAUCUGUACAUAGACGUUGUGACGGGAUUACAUUUAAAGUCACUAUAGUAUGUUGCAGUGCAGGACAUAGGACGAGUGGUGACUUAUUGGUACAUUGUGCAAGCAGAUUACAGAAGGAGUGGAAAGUAAAGGAUGCAAGCAAUCUUGUAAACAAUGAGAUACACAGGAAACAUGGAUCAGUCGGUAUAAUGAACAGAAAAGCCAUUUAAUUAUGAAAAGAAAAGAUACAGACAUACUGGAUCAAGAGAUCAAAAGAGAAAAAACACAACCGUAGGCAAGAGCAACUAAGAGUCUUGGUACGAAGUGGAAAAAAAGUGGAAAACGUUAUAUUAAAUGGAGAGCAGAGACACAGCAAGAUAUGUAAUGCUAUCAUCAGGGUCGCCAACUAAAGAGAGAGGGGUCCAACUUUUAAUGGAGGACCAUGAAAAUGGAAACAAAAUGGGUCACACAAAGGAGGCUAAGAUCACUUCAUCCACUAGAAAUGAGCUAUUGGAACAAAUUAAAAACUUGCAAAAUGACAUAACAGAAAUUGUGGCUGAAAUAGAUGAUUUUGAGCGUCUGCAGUCGAGUCGAAAAAUACAGCGGGACAAUGAACUGCUUAGUGCAAGCAGGAAAUUUAACAUGGAUCCAGAAAAGGGAAUUCAAUUGCUAAUUACAAAGAAGUUUGUGGAAAAAGAGCCAGAACAAAUAGCCAGCUUCUUAUACAAUGGUGCAGGACUCAGCAAGGCUGCCAUAGGGGAAUACCUCGGACAAAGAGAGUCAGUGAAUAUUCAAGUUCUGAAGGCUUUUGUGAAAUGUCACAACUUCAACAAACUCAGUCUUGUAGAUGCUUUGAGACAAUUUCUGGGUAGUUUUCGGCUACCAGGAGAAGCACAGAAGAUUGACCGUAUUAUGGAAUCUUUCUCAACUCAUUAUUGCAAAUGUAACCCAAGCACCUUCAAGUCCACAGACAGCUGCUAUAUUGUUUCCUUCUCGCUGAUCAUUUUAAAUACCAGUCUACACAACCCAAGCGUAAAGGAAAAGCCGGACCUGCAACACUUCAUUUCUUUACAUAGAGGUGCACAUCCAGGUGGAGAUCUGCCCACAGAACUGCUGACCGACAUGUAUGAGAGCCUGAAAAAGGAGCCAUUUCAGCUUCCUGAGGAAGAAGAUGCCUGGGAGCUCACACUUGCCUUUCAAAAACCACAGCGAGAGGGCUGGCUUCUCAAAAUGGGAGGUCGUGUGAAGACUUGGAAAAAACGAUGGUUCAUCCUCAAGGACAACUGUCUUUAUUACUUUGAAUAUACAACGGAUAAAGACCCACUUGGAAUAAUUCCUUUGGAAAAUCUAUGUGUUGAGUUAGCAGAAGACCCUAAAAAGCCGCACUGCUUUGACCUGCACGCCAGGGGCCAAACUGUUAAAGCAUGCAAGACCCAAGCAGAUGGGAAAAAAGUGCAAGGAAACCACCAAUCCUAUCGUUUAUCUGCAACAAGUCAUGAAGAAAGAGAAAGCUGGGUACAAAGUCUUAGAUCCAGCAUUUCUUGGGACCCUUUUUAUGAUACUGUCACCCUCCAGAAGAAGAUUUUAGCAAUCAAAAAUGGUCACUAAUGAAGACAACAGCAAGCUGUAUAUAAAUAAACCUCCCGUGAACUCUGCAGCCGAAGUUUCACACAAGGCAAAUUAUAAUGGGUGGUUCAAUAUUUGGGCCUGUUUGCGAUGACUUACCGUACCUAUAAUUAAGAUCAUCGUUCCAGUUUGGUAUGACCAUGGACCAUCUAAGCUUUCAUAUUUUCCAGGUGAAAUGUCAUCAAUCUAAAAAUGAAAAGAAUUUAAAUGUUAUGCUAUAACCUCAUGCUCUAGAAAGUCUACCUAAAAGGUCACAGUCCAGAUAUGGCUCUCCAAGUCUUUAGUAUCGCCUUCAUCAACUCUGCAGAGCUUAAGCGAAGCAUAUGCCUAACCAUAAUUAACAUGGACAAAGCAGAAUAGGCAGUAGCAAGACAAGAGAAGCAGUAGCAGGGCUGGAUUAUCGUCGGAGGCCCUUGGCCAAAAGAACCUAAGAAAACAGAGACUGUAUGUAUAAAUGUGUAAUGAAUAAUAAUACAGUUGUGUUUGAAAGGGGUACGGAGGAGGUCACCAGGUGGUGCAGACCUCUCUGUAAUCCAGCCCGGGGCAAUAUUAUUCUAUGAAGGUCAUUUGUGUUCAAAUCUAUAAAACAGAUUGUACUUAUCUGUAAAUUCUGAAGUUCUGCAUACACAGGAAAUGUAUAAAGGAAGUUUCUCUACCUGC